CUAAGACUCCCCACUAGCCCUGCCUCCCAUGGGCAAACUGGGUGACCUUCUCUGUUCAUGGAUGCCCCGUGCGAAUCCCUCAUUGCUGCCCUUAGCACGAUUUAUUUAUUGUAUUUUCGCUGCUAUCCGAUCUGCUCGGGGCAAGAACAGCGUGCCGGCCUUUACCUUUACAUAUCCAUCGUUUAACUGACUGCCCUAGUGCGUUUGUUGAAUGUAGCUGUUUCCAGCACAACUUGUCACACAGUAGGUCUUUAAAUAGCAGUCACUGUUUUCCUUCACCCACCACACACCCACAUCUGCCUGCUUCCCACUUUAGUUCACAGGCAGUCGCAGGAAAAAACAAACAUUGGGGCAGUUCUCUGCCCAAUGGGGUCGCUCUGAGUUGGAACUGACUUGGUUUGGCUUCAUGGGACACAAAGGUGACCGAAACAGCCCCUGUCCCUGAAGAAGGGGAAGUACAAAGCAGAUGGGAGCAACCAGAAUUCCGAAGUAUUCCGAAGUGGAAGCUAGAGGCAGGUCUUUCAGGGUCGGAAAAAGCACUUUGUGGGACUGAUGGGAGGGCUUCAUGGAAGAAUUGCUUUAAGCACUGAAGCACAGAAGAAAGUAUUGAAAACCCCAAACAAAGCCAAGCCAGUUGAUUCCAACUCCUGGUGAGACCAGAUGCUUCUGGACACAACCAAUCAGCCUGUGUGCCUUUGGGCAAAGAUGACGGGCGUGGGUAAAAGCCAAAUCAAGGAAGCAGAGAGACCACUUCCUCCCUCAGGUCCUGUGACAGUUGAUUCUCAAGGUUGUGUCACCAUAGCCAUCCAUGCCAAACCUGGCUCCAAACUCAAUGCUGUAACAGAUCUGACGGCUGAAGCCGUCAGUGUAGCUAUCGCAGCCCCUCCAUCAGAAGGUGAGGCCAAUGCUGAGCUCUGCCGCUAUCUCGCCAAGGUUUUAGGACUCAGGAAGAGCGACGUGGUUCUGGAUAAGGGUGGCAAAUCUCGUGAGAAGGUGGUGAAGAUUCUGGCCUCCACAACGCCAGAAGAGAUCUUGGAGAAAUUACAAAAGCAAGCCGAAGAUAAAUAGAGGCAAGAAAUGUAAAACAUAUAUCCUUGAGAAAUGUUUUUACCGCUAACAGUGAAGAGGCUUUUAAAUCGGAAAACGUCAAAUGUACACAGAAGGAUGGACUUUGUUUUCAUGUGUUGAAUACAGAUUUUUAACUCCUGGUCCCAAAUGGCUUGGAGCACGUUGGCCUGAUUUCACCGCGCCGUGAAAGAGCGGAGCUGGAGAGGGCGUUCACGGUGGCCUGGUUCAAUGCCUUGCGCUUUGUGACGGGACUCCUGGUGCCCAGAGGUUGAGAGACUCCCAUCAAGAUCACGCUGGGCCGAGUGAGACCAGAGCCAGUGCCCUGGUUCCUAACUGAAUGCAGUUUAUUCUGAUUGUAAUUAAAACAUAGUAUUUCCA